AUGCAACUUUUCAUCAAAAUUAUAAACCAAAUACAACAUCCAUUACGAAAUUUUCUAGUUGAAUAUGCAUGCUUUGUGGCGAGGCACUAUGGAGUGAUUUCCCAGCAGUUGAUCUUGGGCCUUUUCCUAUCUUCCACUGUUUUCUUUAUUUUUCUGUUUGGUGUAAACUCAAAAUACCUCAGCUGUAUGUUUACAGGUUCGCUAAUUACACCUUUACUUGCACACGAUCUAACAAUCUUUCUGCAAAAAUUUGAGUAUAGGGAAUAUGGCCUCUCUUAUCUACUUGAAUCACUUGAGUACAUUUCCAGUAAUUCUCGUGAAGUGUCCGUCUUUCUCUGCUUGCUCUCGAUCGCAGGCUCGCUUUAUUUCUCAAAAGUGCCUUGGCCUGUCAGAUCAUUUCUGUUUGCUGUCUAUUACUUCAAAACUAUUUACCCGCUUGCCAACAUGGCAGACUUUUUCUUGGAAUCGGUUAUCUGCUCAAGCUUUUUCUUGCUUCUCGCCUAUCUUCUUUAUUAUCAGACCUUUGUGGGCGAAAUUUUAACUUCUGUGUUCUAUUCCCUGAUAGCUUCCACAAUAACUGUGGUCACCAUGUACAAAAUGAACUCAUUUGAAAUAGAAAAUGUGGUUGGAAGACUGCUUUCGCUGGACCUGGCAUUUGGAAACGUACAGUACAACGCCUAUGUGAUUCUAGUAGUUCUUUCAAUUGCAUCUCAGCACGCCAUUAGAAUGCUAAGCCCAAGGAUUAAGAAAAUGCCAAGAAUAUAA